UAAAUGAACCUUUUUCUAUUGAAGAAUGGAUUGAACAAAUAGAUAGCGAACGUAUUUUGUGCCAUACGAUAGACUACCAUUUGCACGUUCACCCUUGUUUUGGGUCCGAUAUUAGGGUUUGGGCAACGGGGAAUUGCUUGUGCUUUUUACAUGGCGGAUCGGAACAGCAAUUCUGCGCUGGUGGUGAAGCCGAUAUGGGUGAAACACGCUGAGGAGGCUAAGUUGAAGAGUGAAGCGGAGAAAACCGCGGCCGCAAAGGCUGCCUUCGAGGCUACUUUUAAGAAUGUCGAUCCCUCAACCGCAGUCGCAACCGCAGCUUCGGACAGCGAUUAUGAGGAAGAAGAGGACGAAGACAGGCUUGCCAAGAAGCCGAUCGGACCUCUGGACCCCAACAAGUGCACGGCUGCUGGCCCUGGCAUAGCUGGCGGCGCGGCGUGCGCACCCUCCACGUUUACAGUUGUUACUAAGGACGCUGACGGUCGCAAAUUGCUCAAUGGUGGGGCGCAGGUUAGGGUGAAGGUUGCUCCUGGAGUAGGAGUUGGCGGCUCCGAACAAGAGGGGAUCGUUAAGGAUAUGAAUGAUGGGACGUAUAGUGUGACUUAUGUUGUUCCAAGCAGAGGAAAUUAUAUGGUGAAUGUGGAGUGCAAUGGAAAGCCAAUCAUGGGCAGUCCAUUUCCCGUUUUCUUCAGUACUGGAUCAACUACCGGAGGGCUAUUGGGUGUUGCCCCACCAACAAUUUAUUCGAAUAUGAUUAAUCAGACAAUGCCAAAUAUGCCAAAUUACUCUGGCUCUGUUUCUGGAGCAGUCCCUGGGUUGCUUGGGAUGAUUCCAGGCAUAACUCAAGGAGCAUCAGGCGGUGUCAUUUUACCCGGAGUUGGCUUUUCACUUGGGGAAGUUUGCCGUGAAUAUCUUUAUGGACAAUGUGCCAAAACUGAUUGUAAGUUUAAUCAUCCACCUCACAAUCUUCUAAUGACUGCCUUAGCUGCCACCAGCAGCAUGGGAACACUUAGCCAGGUUCCUAUGGCACCUUCUGCUGCUGCAAUGGCCGCCGCUCAGGCAAUUGUGGCUGCACAAGCACUUCAAGCCCAUGCUGCCCAAGCACAGGCUCAAACAAACUCUGCAAAUGACACCUCAGGAUCUGCUGGGAAAGAGACAGCGGCCAAUUGCCUUAAGAAAAUUGUGCAAGUUAGCAACCUUAGUCCACUUCUAACGUUGGAUCAGUUGAAGCAACUCUUUGGGUUUUCAGGAACAAUCGUUGAUUGUAGCAUUACUGAGUCGAAGCACUUAGGUUACGUAGAAUACUCUAAGCCAGAGGAAGCAACUGCUGCUUUGGCGUUGAACAAUAUGGAAGUUGGCGGACGGCCCUUGAAUGUUGAAAUGGCUAAACAACUUCCUCCAAAACCAGUCACUUUAAAUUCCUCUAGCACAUCAUCUUCUUUGCCUUUAAUGAUGCAGCAGGCUGUUGCCAUGCAACAGAUGCAAUUUCAGCAGGCUCUCCUAAUGCAACAAGCAUAUACUGCUCAGCAGGCUGCCAGUCGAGCUGCAAGCAUGAAGAGUGCUACUGAUCUUGCAGCUGCUAGAGCUGCAGAAAUAAGUAAAAAACUAAAGGCUGAUGGACUUGUCACUGAAAGCAUGGAAACAUAUGAGAAAUCGAAGUCACCACCUGACACUCGAGCCAGGUCAAAGUCUAGGUCAAGAUCCAGAUCCAAAUCCAAGUCCAAGUCAAGAUCUCCCAUCAAUUAUAGACGAAGGAGAAGAUCUCGUUCCUUCUCCCCUCCACCAAGACGGUUAAGAGGGUAUAGAUCCAGAUCACCAAUUAGAUCCCUCCAUUUUUCAAGAUUUGAGGAUGAGCGCCGGUCUUAUAGGGAUAGUAGGUAUGCCAAUGACAGAGGUAGAAGGUGGGAUUCUGGUAGAUCAUAUAAACGCCGGUCACCUGUCUCAAGGAGAAAUAGAAGUAGGAGUGUAACCCCUCGAGCUAGGAAGUCGUAUAGGGACGAUUCAGACUCUCCUAGACACCGUCAUGAAAGUCCAGUUCACAAGACACGCUCUUCUCGUGCUGAGUCUACGUCUCCGGAACAUCGAAGGAAUAGGUCAUCCCUGAAGAAUGAUGAAAGUAAAUCAAGACAUAGACGACGGUCAAGGUCAAACUCUGUGGAAGUUAGUCAUUCACCCAGUGAUAAAGUUGGUAAUGAUAAACAUGGAAAAUCAAAAGAUAGAAAAAGGAGACACUCAAGGUCAGUUUCACCACACGAUGAUCUGGAUAGACAAAAUAGAUUGUCCCCUAAAACCUAUGAUGAAAAGAAACCAAAGCAAAACCUGCAAAGGAGAGAAUCAAAGUCCAGAUCACCAGAUGCAAAACACCAUUCAAAUAGAAAGAGAGAAGAUAAAGCUAGAAAUAAUGAGGAUAGAAGGAUAUCGAGGUCGAGGUCAAGGUCUAGAUCCCCAGAAGGAAAGCAUCACACAAGUGACAAAUCGGAUAGAGAAAAAAAAGAGAAAUCUAAGCAUCAUUCUAGAAAGCGUUCCAUAUCUAGGUCCAGAUCUCCCAUUGAGAAACACCACUCAAGUAGUAAGCUGAACAAGAGCAGGGAAGAGAAAUCAAAGCGUCAUGUGAGAAGGCAAUCCAGAUCAAGGUCUGUUGAAGGUAAGCGACAAAGAAGUAGUAGGAGGUCCCCAAAGCACUCAGAUGAACGCAGAUCAAGGCAUCGGAAGCGCUCUAGAUCUAAAUCUCUAGAAAGCAAAGAUGAACCUGAACAUAAUGAUAUGGAUGUCGAAAAUUAUGAAGUGACAAGGCAUGCUGAUGAAAAACCUGGGGAGUUAGCUGGUGUCUUGGAGACUGAUCCACGUAGUCCUGUAUCAAUGAAGUUGGAUGGUGAAAAUGGUCAUCUUGAGGACUGUAAUGAAUGUGAGAAACAAGAGAUUAAUGUCUUUGAAGAUGCUGACUCAACCAUAAGGGAACAAGAUCAUCUUAAUUUGGAUGCAUAGGUGCAGGGGAUCUAGAUAUUUUCUCUCAUUGGACGUUGAUUCAUCGCUUUCUCAUUCAAUAUUUGAGGGAUGGUUAUUUGAGAGUAACUUGACAGAGGAUCAUGCUGAAGCUUUGGUUUGAGGAACUAGAUGCCAUUAUGUACAAGGGAGAGGGCUAUCUUACAAGGCCUUGUGGUCAUUUUUGAUUACUCGCUGUUCCUGUGACAAAUUUGCUGUUUCUUUCUGUUGCAGGUGGUGAUGAUGGAAACAAUCGGAGUCUGAUGAAGCAAUGAUUUUUGGCUGGUAUUAGUAUUCAACAAUUGUCUUUUAACAAUUGUGGAUCAUCUGUGCAAUGUUUUUAUAGCAAACUAUUAAUUAACUUGCUGUACGGUGGAGUGUGGACUAUUACCUCUAUUUCGAGGUAGUAAAUUUCUUAAUUGUAUGCCGAUGCAAGGAUUCAUGCUAAUUCUAUGUGUGGUAUCUAUAUAUUGCCUAUGAACGUUUUCUUCAUCCCUGUGUUUCACUGCCAUUCAAAAGGGUUCUGAGUUUGAUUUGACCUCAUAUUCUUUUGCAUAUUAAUGUCAUUGUAUCAAAUAAGUUCAUUAUUUAAUGCACUGCAUUUUUUAUGACCCUCUGUGUUUGGUUGUGAUCCAUUUGUUGUAGCUCUUUCAAUCUUAGUUGUGUGGGUGUUUUAUUAACUAGGAUUCCCGCAGGUGUUACUUUUUCUGCUAGUAGCUUGGCUAGUUUGCUGUUCCGUUAAAUUAUAAAAAACAUGCAGGAUCAUGCUGUUCAAUGGGCGCUUGGUGAAAUGAGUCAAACAGUUUAUCUGAUUGUUUGUGAAGGUAUGCACCUGCAGAAAUCGGUUCUUCCGGACAUUUGCUAAAGCUUGCACAGUUAUCCGGCAUUAGAACCAUGAGUUUGAAAUGUUUAUGUAGGAGUUUUAUUGUGAAAUUUAAGGUUAUGAUUAUUUUAUGCUUUGGCCCUGUCCUAAUCUUCUACUUCAUUUUUUCUUGUUGGUACCAUCUCUCCCUUUCUUUUCUUUUCUUUUCUUUUCCUUUCUUUUUCUUUCUUUCUUUCUUUCUUCCCUGCUACUGCUUGGUUAGGUAGUCGAUGCAAGUUACACAACCAGGUAUUGCUGAGAUGGGUAGCAUUAGCAUCACUGUGCUCUGCGUCCAAGUAUGUCAAGAUUUGAUAGGUUUAUGUUCUUUAAUGCACAGAGAAUGUGAAAUCCUAUUCUAUAACAGGUAAUUCUCUUCAAAAAUUAGAUUGCAUCAUUUAGCUACAUAAAUGUAAAAAGGACGUCAUAGCAUAUCCAAUGGCCAAAUGUGUCGGCAGUUUGGUGUUGUAGGCUUGUAUCAAGGCCAUUGUCUUUCCCUGUACAGAUUCAACUUAGUAGGUUAUCUUAAAUAGUCUUCCAUUGUUGCAAAAAAAUCCAGACAAUUUUCCAUCAAUUUUGUUGUGUAUCUUUAUGCAAGAUGUGGCUAUAGCCGUUCUUAGUUCUUUCAACUUUCUAACUUUUCCCCACAGAGUGAAUUGUGGCCCACUUGUCACAUAUCUUAAAUUUGGGUUUUUAGUCAGCGCAAACUCUAGCGAUUGUGUUCAGCUCUUUCUACAUGUAACUAAAAUUUGUCCGCCGUUGCCCCUUCUUUAAAGCUUUUGAUGUACAUUAUACCAUUUUCUUUUGUGCUCCUUGGUUUUGCUGUCAGGCAACCUCUUCCCCUCUUCCAUGUUCGCUUUCUCCAACACACUGUUUUGCUUCUUUUGGUACUUUAAUGCGCUUUGGUGUUGCUGUGGGUUUAUUUUUCUUUUGUGCGAAGUUGAGAAUGCUGGACUGCACAAUUGCGAAGUGGUGGGGGGACAUAUAUAAAAAACUGGUUCCCAUAUCUAGCAAAAGACCAUGACAUGCAUCAUGAAUUAAUGAUAACUGAUAAGGGCACCUAUUGAUGAGAUCCCCAAGUGUUUACUCUCUUAAGUUUUGUCAUUGAUUCAAAGUUCAAAUCAUAAGAAGUGUCUUCUUAUGCAAAUGAGGAGCUUGACGUAGGGAUGGACUCGGGCCGGGCGGCCCGACCUGAAACCGGCCCGAAACCGGCCCGGCCCGGUCACUGUUUGAAUCGGCCCGGCCCAUGGGCGGAUCGGGUCAACCCGGCCCGGUGGCUACCGGUUCCGGGCCUGGGCCUUCAUUUUGGUGAACCAGCCUGACCGGUUUGGGCCCAGUCCGGGCCAGAUUUAAUUUUUUUUUUUGAAUUUUGUUUAAGUUUUUGGGUUGGAUUGGUUAUUUUGGGCCAUUUGAGGUGGUGUGGGGUGGUUUGAGGUUGAGGGGGAGGGUAGGGGGUUGAUUAGGAAAACCCAAAAAAAAAAUUAUAUAGAACCGUACCCGGGCCGGUUCCGGGCCUCCCCUACCUUGAACCGAGGCCCGGCCCGGAACCGUUCCACCACUAGCUUGACGGCUGAGUGGACAUCCAAGUGUAACAGUGUAACUCAGAAGCGUGGAACAUGACGAGUACAUAACUGCCUUUUGGAAGAUGUUUCGGUUUUCAGGGUAAUUUUGACGCAUGCGUAGAAUUGUUGAUGCAGCAACUGUCCAACAGCAGAGUUGUAAUGAUUGAAUAGUGUAUACAGAGGAUUACAGACUCACAAAGAACAACAACAGUAGUAAUAAUAGUAACAUACUCCCUCCGAUUCUUUUUAAACUUCAGUGUUUGACUUCACAGUUAUUAAGGAAAUAAAAUUGACUUUAUUGUAGAGUACAUUGUUGAGACACUGUUUGGCACUGUUUGGCACUGUUGGAACAUUGUUUGGCACUGUUUAGCACUGUUUAACACUGUUUUGAUGUAGAUUUCUUUGCCAAAUAAGGAAAUAAGGAAGUGUGAAGUUUAUUUUGGACCGUCCCAAAAAGGAAAGUGUGAAGUUUAUUUAGAACCAGAGGGAGUAAUUAUUAUAAAAAUCCAGUGUAUUAAAUAGAAUAACAACAGUAUAGACGAUCUAGCUGUAAGAAAACAAUUCUACAUACUGAGAUGACAAUACAAGGGGUGAAUCAUGAAUGGGCCCUCAAACGCUAGAAGCCUCGAACUAUCUGUGAUUCUACAAUAUUUAGAAAGCUUGUAAAUGAACUCUUGAUUCAUUAAAAAU